AUGAAGGAUGUUGCCUAUCUGUCUAUUGUAUACAUUAGUUGCUGCCCUAUAGCAUCUACUAAACCUCCUCAUGGAUUCAUUGGUUGGGUAGAAGAGAGGAACAAAAGCCCCACAAACCCAGUUCAAAAGCCCCAUAAACCCAAUUCAUCCCCAAUUCGUUGUCGUUCUCGCCGGUUCACCCCGAUUCUCGUCCUCCUCUCCCUCUUUCUCUGCACCAUCUUCCUCUAUUUUGGCAGAGACGACAUACCCACCUCGGAAAACCUCCUCUUAGCCCUAAUUUUCAUCGUCAUCGUUCUCUUCUUCGCUGGCAAAAACAAGGGUUUGAUUCACCAAAGCUUUUUGAUUCUCUCCAAGCGACUUGGGUUCUCGCAGAACAACCACAAACCGGUCCAAUGGUUCAUCGGCGAGUCAAUUUUAUCGAAAAAAGACUGAAAAUUGAAGUGAAUUGUAAGAGAAGGGGUUGAAUUUUACAGCAAUGGUGAUUUCUAUGAAGGAGAGUUUCACAAGGGGAGGUGUAAUGAGAGUGAAGUGUACAAUUACUUUGUGAAUGAGAGGUAUGGGGGAGAUUGGGUUGAUGGGAGAUAUGAUGGGUAUGGGAUUGAGAGCUGGGCGAGAGGUAAUCAGUUUCGAGGACAGUAUCGGCAAGGUCUCCGGCAUGGUUAUGGAGUUUAUAGGUUUUAUACAGGGGAUGCUUAUACAGGGGAGUGGUGUAAUGGGCAGAGCCAUGGUGUUGGAAUACCGAGUUGCUCCCAUGGAAACAGUUAUGUUGGUGAAUUCAAGUGUGGAGUCAAGCACGGCCUUGGUCCAUACCCUUGAACUUUUACUAAACUCUCUGUUACUGAUGCAGGACCCACCAUCACCUUAUGGGUUUGAUUUGGAUAUGUGCGAUUUAGAACCAUACUCUACAAUGGUUGUUCGAUUGCAGAAAAAGAAAAACAAAUGUCGAUCGUAGUCCGGUUGUAGAGUUUGUUUGAAAAUGGUGGGUUAGGUUGGGUGUGGUGGUCGUUGGUCGUCG